AUGGAUGAACUUGAAGUCAAGAAACAGGAACGUAGCAAGUCGAAAAUGGCAGUUACACGUACAUCUCGAAGACUAAUCGAUGCAACUCAUCGAAACGUCGAUAUUGAGACACUGAAAGGUUUUAUUGUGGAACUAGAAAAGGUAUAUGAUGAAUUUUGUAUUAUUACUGAAGAGUACGAGUUAUUAGUUUCCAACGAAAAGUUUGUUGAACACCGUGUGGUGAAUGGGGACGAUAUUACAACUUACAAUGCAAAUGUUAAACAAACAUAUGUUGAAGCGAGAAAUGUUUAUGUUAAAAUAAAGGCUAAGAAUGAGAGAUCCAAGCAAAAUAUAGCAACAGCACCUCUAAUGACAGCUCUAAGAAGAGACAUGAACAGACUACAAGAUAUAAUUUCAGCUGUUGAUGACAGUUUGUCACAAAGUCUACAAAUGGACAAGAGUGACCUUGGAGAAUUUGUUGAAUGA